UUAGCGUCUCGAUGAAGUGGGAGGGGCUUAGAGGGCAGCAGGAAGCCGGCGUUAGCGGAGGCAGCAACGGUCAGCGCCGAACGGAGCUGCGGGAAACUGUCGCUGUGUCAGGCCCGAUAGCAACUGAAACUCAGCUGCCAAGAUGUCGGACGAGGAGCAAGAGCAGACCAUAGCCGAGGAUUUGGUGGUCACCAAGUACAAGAUGGGUGGUGACAUCGCCAACCAGGCCCUUCGUCUGGUCGUGGAAGCAGCCAAGCCCGGUGUGUCAGUACUGAGCCUCUGUGAGAAGGGAGAUGCCUAUAUCAUGGCCGAGACUGGAAAGGUCUUCAAGAAGGAGAAGGAAAUGAAGAAAGGCAUUGCCUUUCCCACCAGCGUCUCAGUCAAUAACUGUGUUUGCCACUUCUCUCCCUUGAAGAGUGACCCUGACUACACACUUAAAGAUGGGGAUCUGGUCAAAAUCGAUCUAGGCGUUCAUGUUGACGGCUUCAUUGCCAAUGUUGCUCACAGCUUUGUGGUGGGAGCCAGUAAGGAAAACCCCAUCACAGGCCGGAAAGCUGAUGUAAUCAAAGCGGCUCAUCUGUGUGCAGAAGCAGCUCUUCGCCUUGUUAAACCUGGCAACCAGAACACUCAAGUGACAGAAGCCUGGAACAAGAUCGCCCAGUCAUUCAAAUGCUCACCAAUUGAAGGUAUGCUGUCUCAUCAGCUAAAGCAACAUGUCAUAGAUGGGGAGAAGACCAUCAUUCAAAACCCAACAGACCAGCAAAGGAAGGACCAUGAGAAGGCAGAGUUUGAGGUACAUGAAGUCUAUGCUGUGGACGUCUUGAUUAGCACCGGAGAAGGGAAGGCCAGGGAUGGAGGUCUGAGGACCACCAUUUACAAGAGGGACCCCAGUAAGCAGUACGGGCUGAAGAUGAAAACUUCCCGUACGUUCUUCAGCGAAGUGGAACGACGCUUUGAUGCCAUGCCCUUUACUCUUAGGGCGUUCGAGGAUGAGGCCAAAGCCCGUCUCGGUGUGGUGGAGUGUGCCAAACAUGAAUUGCUACAGCCCUUCAGUGUGCUGCAUGAGAAAGAGGGAGAGUUUGUAGCUCAGUUUAAGUUCACAGUGCUGCUGAUGGCCAACGGGCCUCACAGAAUCACUAAUGGACCGUUUGAUCCGGAGCUCUACAAGUCAGAGCAUGAAGUUCAGGAUCCAGAUCUAAAGACUUUACUACAGAGCUCUGCAAGCCGUAAAACACAGAAGAAAAAGAAAAAGAAGGCCUCAAAGACAGCAGAAAAUGCCACUGGACAGCCAUCUGAGGACACAGAAGCUGCAGAAUAAACAAACACUGCCUUUUCACACAUGGAAGACCCCAAUCAGCAGCAAGAAAAAUCAUGAGAAAUUGUCCCAAACUCUCUGCCCAUUAUACUCCUAAUACACCUGAUUUCACAAAUUAAACUGAUGAAUUCAUAACAUGCUUUAACCCUUUACUGCAAUCAUUAGUUUUCUCCUUGAACUGAGAGACUGUUGCCUUUUCUUCCCUCACUUGAGUAGGAAAUAAAGAACACUUGCAAAUAGUUGUACAUCUUUGAAAAGACUUCAAAUGGUCAAUUGGUAAAUGGAAAUUGUGUGACCGGCACCUGCUUUUUAGAAUUUAAAAGUCAUUUGGUUUUUAUUGCUGCAGCUGAAAAUAUCCUUUACUUAAAACUGCAGCUCACUGUGGGCAUUAGUACGACUGGAUCGAUCUGGAUUUUGGACAUGCACUGGAUGCUGCGAACAGCAACCUGAAUCAUGUUGAUAAACUCAGUCUUUAUCUCCUCUAAGGCAAAUAGCUUUAUCCAUUAUGGAUUCUCCUGUUGAUCAAAUGGCGGGACAUAAUUGUUACAUGUUCUUUUGGCAUCAAAUUUAUGAGUUAUAUAAAUUUUUAUAAUUGUCAACAAAUGUUACAGUAAAAAGAAAUAUUCUGAUAUUUUAUUCAGAGGUUGAUGAAAACUUUGUCACCUCUUAAGCGAAUAGUAAUGAUGACCGUGAGUUUAGUCAUCCAGUACAUUAUCAGACUACUGAGGCCUUUGGUAAAAAACUUUUUCUUUUCUAACUACACCAUGCAGUAAAGGGUUAAAUUAUAAAUUUGUCUCACUCAUGACAAACCAAAAAAUGUAACACAACUGACUGCAAAUGACAGCUCAUAAUAUCACAGAUGGCCUUUGUAUCAGAGUUACUGUAGUGAAGGCUUGUGGUUAUGCUUCUGUCAUCAAGGUCAUAACUGAAUUAGAUUUUUUUUUUUUAAGCAAUAACCUGAGCAGAGGAUGAAUAUUUUUAAGUGUACAAGCAAAAAAAAAACAUCUGUAAUCAGCUUGACUUUAGGGAACAAAACUGCCACAUUUACUGCCAUUCCCCUUGAAUUUUAUGAGAAAAGGAAUCUAUAGGUUUCAAUUUUAAAAAAACUUUUUUAUUAGUGACACCUGUUACUUGCUUCACUUUGUCAUUAGUCUUGUGAAACAUGAAAACUGAAGCUGUUAAAGCUUUGAAAAGGUUGAAUGGGUGUCUUCAGUGGAGUUGGACCAGUAAAAGAUCUGUUCAGGUCUGAGUUUCAUCUCGUGAGCUGGGACAGCAUUGACAAAAGUAAAAUCUUUGCUUUGUAGCUCAAUCAGUGGGCGAUGGAACUUUAAUGAAAUAAAAACAUUUUCCUACA